AUGUUCACGGACUGCUCGACAGUAGCGCAAGCAGCAACACUAAUGCAACGAGAUGACAAAUCUAAAGAUGCAUAUUACGCCAUCUCAUAUACAAGCCGUAUCUUCGCGGAGAGCGACAGACGUUGGCCGGUCAUCGAUAUGGCGCAAGAACAAAAUAACGAUCCUGAGUUGAGACCUAUCAUCGACUUCUACAACAACGAGGCCAUACCGGAACUACAAGACCCAAAAGAAACGGAACUCCUGUUGGCUAACCUGGACAGUUACUAUCUCGAUGGAAGAGGAUGUCUCCAAUGGAUCCGGCAGCGACAUCCCAAAGGAGACUAG